AUGUCUCUCCCACUUCCCAAUGACAUUCUCCUCCAGGUCGGGGAGUAUGUGGAAGACUAUCGGGACCGCUACAACCUUCUCUUUGUUUGCCGUCAUUUUCACGACCUGUUCCUGCGCUUGGUCUACCAAGCAGCAGCCUUGAAGGACUGCUCCCAGACCCGUUCCUUCUUGGGAGCUCUGCUCCGUCGUCCCGAGCUGGCUCGGGCGGUUCGCACCUUGGACUUCCAUGACUGGUGUCCUAGAUCCACUUCCACUCCUUCCUCCCCCCUCUCCGACGAAGACCUGGCGCCAUUUGCCCAAUUGGCCCACGCCCUCAGUCAAACCGCUGAAGAACACACGAAAUGGGAGCAGGAUCUCCGGGAUAAUGUUGAAGAGGCCUGGAUUGCGCUUCUCCUGCCGCUGGCGAGCAACCUGAGGCAUUUGCAAUUGGUAUACCCCAAGCAGAAUGUCUACCUGGACCGCAUGAUGCAGCGGGCAGUGAGGGGAGAGAAGCCCUUUGACGACCAGCCGGCAUUCCGUGUAUUGCGCGAUGUGUCGCUGAGCCAUUUAGCUGACGAGGAAGACAGCCGAGGAAGCUACUUGCCUUCUCAGGUCCUUCCUUUCUUUCAAUUGCCAUCCAUGCGGGCAUUCUCGGCAGACUCGGUGGUUGAGUCUACCCGCCCACGCGACGAUGAGCCUGAACCAACCGGACCUGCUGAGGAACCGACGGCCGGCUCUUCCUCCAUUGCUGAGAUUACACUGAAUACGAGCAGCGGAUCACAGGGCAUGCAGAGCCUGAUCGCCUCAUGCUCCUCGCUUCAAUCGUUCAAGUACCAGCAUUCCGAUUCACACCUGCUCGCAGAGGGGUUCCAGCCUUCUGCUUUCUUCGAGUCCCUUGCGAGCAGUAAGAGCAGCCUGCACACCCUGUGGCUGGACAAUUGCGGCACCCACUUGCCUUUCACCAUUGCUGGAGCGAACGAAACGCAUGACGAGUGGUUCGGGCCUCUGACAGAGUUCACUGCGUUGAAGGAUAUCCGCAUCCGUCUGCCCAACCUGCUCGAUGUUCGCUACCAGUAUGAACCGUCGUGCCCACUCACUGAUGUGCUUCCGGCGUCGGUCGAAUCGUUGUAUGUGGAAGGCUGCAAGGAGAACUCUUUGGCUAUGCUGGUUGGACAGCUGCAAAAGGUCCUUAACAAGCGCAAGACGCAAUUCAAGGGUUUGCGACGACUCGAUGUUGAAGGUUUCUUUCAUGACGAGGAGGACGAGGACGCAUCGGGCUACCAGCCGGCGGAGGCCGCCGGCGAGAAAGUGAUCAAACCCCGGGUGUAUCAGACGGUAGAGCCGCUGCACCAUGCCUGUGCCGAGGCUGGGAUUGAACUCUAUGUGCGCGACCGCGUGUGCUUGGCGACGAUGCAAGAAGCAUAA